AUGGCAGAACCAGAACAUCCGCAGCAGAUCCCAGAGGCGGCCUAUCCGGCGCCACUGCCAUUCUGGCGACAUUUCACGCUCGCAAACGAACAAGAACUGAGACAGCUCGAGGAGUCUGCACCUGAAGGCCAGACGCCGCAGAAACUGCCCUUACAUCUGGCCUACCUCCGUCCUCCACCUCCACCUCCAGCCACCGCAGAGUUCUAUACAACCUUCGGCCAAAAGCAAGUCAUUGACCCAACCAAGCCCUCAUCCUUGCCUACAGACCAACUGCUCUUCGACCCAGAUGAACCCAACCUCAACCAUGCCGUCCUUUUGAGCAAGCUCACAAAGUCGCUUCUUUUGAAUUUCCUCGAACUGACAAGCAUCUUGUCUCUGGAUCCCACCAAGCACGAGGACAAGAUAGCGGACAUCAGACAGCUGGUUCUGAAUAUACAUGUUGUGAUCAACAUUUACAGACCUCAUCAAGCUCGGGAGAGUGUCAAGGACAUGCUCAUAGGGAUACUCGAGGAUGGGCAGAGGGAGAUUGACGAGUGUGAUCGACUGAAAGAGAGUCUCGAGGAGUUUCUGUUGGACUUGGGAAAAGCCGACAGCCAAAGUGGAUAUGUUGAAACUCAAGAGAACGCCGGCACGAACAACGAGGUCACCCAUGACCAGAUGAUGGAAAAACACCGGAACCUAUGGAAACAGAUUCAGGAUAUGACUUGA